UAGCCCCGUGGACUCAUGGGAAAUGUAGUGCGAUUGUCUGCAACAUGGCGGCUCCCAGUAUUACUAUGAACAUCAAUCAUAAAGGUGGCUUAAAACUCAAUAAAAUCGAGAAGAAGUUCUUAAGGAAACAGAGUAAAGCCAGGCAUGUGUUGCUGAAACAUGGCAUCCAGGCAGUGUCUUAUCCCACCCAGAGCCUGGUUGUUGCCAAUGGUGGUCUUGGUAAUGGUGUGAGUAGGAAGCAACUGCUUUUGGCUUUAGAGAAAUGUGGACCCAUGGAAGCUCUCCUGAUGCCACCUAAUAAGCCUUAUGCAUUUGCAAUAUACAAAACUAUUGAAGAAUCAAAAGCCUAUGCUAUCCUCAAUGGAAAAGAAAUCAUUGAUGAUUUGGGGCAGAAGAUCAUUCUGUACUUGAAUUUUGUGGAAAAAGCACAAUGGAAAAGAAUGAGGCUUCAAGCCUUACCUCCAGGCCUCUUGGUGGUAGAAGAAAUUAUUUCUUCUGAGGAUGAGAAAAUGCUUCUGGAAAGUGUUAAUUGGACAGGAAACACAGGUGAUCAGAAUUUCUUAAAACACAGAAGAGUUAAACAUUUUGGUUAUGAAUUCCACUAUGAGAACAAUACUGUAGAUAAAGAUAAGCCCUUACCUGGGGGUCUUCCUGAUAUUUGCAAUAGCAUUUUAGAGAAAUGGUUGAAAGAAGGUUACAUUAAACAUAAACCGGAUCAGUUGACCAUAAAUCAGUAUGAGCCUGGACAUGGAAUUCCUGCCCAUAUUGACACACAUUCUGCAUUUGAGGAUGAGAUCAUUUCUCUCAGUUUGGGGGCAGAGAUUGUUAUGGAUUUUAAACACCCAGAGGGUGUCACAGUACAAGUUAUGUUGCCUCGUCGGAGUUUGCUGGUGAUGACAGGAGAAUCUAGAUACCUUUGGACUCAUGGAAUUACACCCAGAAAAUUUGAUACUGUCCAAGCAUCUGAGCAGUUCAAAGGUGGAAUAAUCACCAGUGACAUUGGAGACUUGACUUUAAGCAAGCGGGGAAUUCGAACAUCAUUUACGUUCAGGAAAGUAAGGCGUAUGCCCUGCAAUUGUAGUUACUCCUCGGUCUGUGACAGACAGAGGAAGGCCACACCUCCCUUUCCAGAGAGUAGUAAAGAAGCAUGGCAGCUGGAGCGAGAGCAUGUUCAUCAUGUAUAUGAUUUGAUUGCAAGACACUUCAGCAGCACAAGGCACAGCCCAUGGCCACGCAUCGUGGAAUUCCUGAAAGCUUUGCCAAGUGGUUCUAUAGUGGCAGAUAUUGGAUGUGGAAAUGGAAAGUACCUUGGCGUCAACAAGGAGUUAUAUAUGAUUGGUUGUGAUCGUAGCCAGAACCUUGUGGACAUUUGUAGAGAGAGGCAGUUUCAGGCCUUAGUCUGUGAUGCACUGUCAGUUCCAUUCCGAAGUGAGUCUUUCGAUGCUUGCAUCUCCAUUGCUGUCAUUCACCAUUUUUCAACUGCUGAACGUAGAGUGGCAGCUCUCCAAGAACUUGCCCGUCUCUUGAGACCUGGUGGGCAGGCCCUUAUAUAUGUCUGGGCAAUGGAACAAGAGUAUAAAAACCAGAAGUCCAAGUACCUUAAAGGAAGCAAAACUAGCCAAGAAGAUAAAGAGGAGAUAAACAGUGCCACAACCACUGCAGGACUACUCGUAAAUCAGACGCCUGACGGAGGCAGUGAAGACCAAGCAUCAUCUGUCCCCACCACUAAUAACAUCCAAGAGGGAGAAUGUACGCCAAGAAAAGUUCCUAGUUCUGAGCUUCCUGUUCAUACAAACAGGACUUCCUUUCACUCCCAAGAUGUGCUGGUUCCUUGGCACUUCAAGGGAAACCCUAGUAAAGACAAAGAUGUUGAGCCAUUUGGGUUAGCAGGAUCCCCUGACCCAAGUCCCGUGUUUCAUCGUUAUUACCAUGUUUUCUGUGAUGGAGAAUUGGAGGCUUCCUGCCAGGCUGUGGGUGAUGUUAGCAUUCUGCAGAGCUACUAUGAUCAGGGGAAUUGGUGUGUUGUUCUUCAAAAGGUCUGAUCAUUUAUCUGAACAUAUCAGGUGUAAAAGGAAAAAACUGCCUAUCUGUUUUUGAGAAGGAGGGUAAAUUAUCCCUUUAAUUAGUGAGGCAACUUGGGGGACAUUACCAAAGGAGAGCUAAGAGCAGAGAUUACUUAGGUAACAUUCUGUCUGCUACUAUUGACUGACUUCAUUAACGUAGGUUCCUCUUACAUGCCUUCUAAGUAUGGUGUUUAAAAGUGAUUGGCUUUAACUUGUGAAAGGCCUGUGAUCUUUGUAUAAGUGUGCAGCAUUUUGAAGAUAAGCUUUGUUAUAAAGUGUUUAUAUAUAAAGAUCCUAUACUAUGUAGGAUCGUAGUGAAACAAUGAUGUGACCUUUUAAUUAAGUGAAUACUCCUGGACAGUAGGAAAUAAUGUGAAGUUUUAUCUGAAAAACUCGUAGUAACUUUCUCACUGGAUCUUUCUAGCACAUUGUGGAUGCCCAGUAAAACUUUAGCCAGGUGAUUCUCUGAAUUCAUAGAAACUUCAUUCAACAGAUAUUCUUUAAAUUCAUGCUAUUUACUGUUAAGUACUAGGAAUGAAGUUAUGAGCAAGUAAAGUAGGUUGGUGUUUAGCUCUGAAAGAACAUGUGUUUCUAAUUGAAGCUCUGGAUUUAUUAUCUGUUACCACAAACAUACACACCAGUAGAAAACAAGAGCAAAGCCCUUAUUCCUAGGAAGCUUACCUUCUAGAAAGGGAGGCUGAUAAACGCAAACAGGUAAGUAAAUAUUGUGUUCAUUGUAAUCAUAAAUGCCAUGUAAAAAAGUAAAUUGGAGGCUGAAAGGGAUAUUAACUUGUGAGCAAAAGAUUACUUUUUAAUGGCUGAAGUAAUUAGCAAUCCUGACUGAUUUAUUACCAGGAAUCACUAUUCCUCAUCAAUUGGUUUAAGCUUUAAAGACAACUCAAAUAGUUCCUUUUAACAGUUAAAUUCCAGAAGUUAAAAUUUAUCAGCCACACCAAAUUUUGCUCUUUCAGUCACAAUUAGCUGUUUUUCCUUAUUCAUAGUUUGUCCCAAUCCAGGAAGAAUAGAGGCAUUUUUAUCUAGUCAGUGAAACCAAAAGCAUAUUCCUGGAAAGUCCUAGUAAGAUUGAUCAAUGUCUAGCCAGACUGAGUUGACCAGGGAGAAACUUUUAUGAUUUUUGUAAUUGGCUCAAUCAAAAAACAUAAUUAAAAGUAACAUGUACAUGUUUUAAGACCAUCACUUGAUUAAAAAAUGUUUAUAAUUAACAAAUUAAAAAUUGUAGUCGGGCCCUUUCAAAUAAGACUUCUAUUUGAAUAUACAGUUUUCUUUUUCUUUUCUGUUUUUGAGAGAGAUCUCAUGUAGUCCAGGUUGCCUUCAAUCUUGCUAUGUAGCUGAUUCUCCUGCUUUUGCCUCUCUAGAUUAAGCUUAAGUAUAGCUUAAAAUUAUAUAUAUUGAAAACACUAAGAUGUUGUUUAUAUAUUAAAACAGUAGUUCUCAAUCUGUGGAUCAUGACCCUUUGACAGCCAAAUGACACUUUCACAGGAGUUGCCUAAGACCAUCAGAAAUAUUAGGUAUUUACAUUAGUAUCAUAACAGUAGCAAUAUUACAGUUUUGAAGUAGCAAUGAAAAUAAAUGUAUGGUUAGGGGUUACUACAACAUGAGGGACUGUAUUAAAGAAUUGAAGCAUUAGGAAGGUUAAGAACCAUUCUAUUAAAGGAACAUGUGGACCAGUAAGAUGCUUAGUUGAUAAAGGCAUUUG